GCCUAUAUCUCCGCUGCUCCUCUCAACGACCGCCCUUCCUUUACUAUUCUUGUCCCUCCUCUCUCUUCACCUCUCUCCUCCUUUGUAUUAAACCUUCGUUCUUGGCAUGGACGCUCGCCGGCCACGUCGACCAUCCUUCUCCACCCCCUCGAAACCCCCUCGCCCUCCUCCUCCUCCCCCAUCCGCCGCUGCCGCUGCCGCUGCCGGCGCCGGCGAACUCCUCGUUGACCCUAACCACCAUUACCCGAAGGCCUCCGACGCCCUCCCCCUCCCUCUCUACCUCACCAACGCGGUCUUCCUCGCCCUCUUCUUCUCCGUCGCCUGCUUCCUCCUCCGCCGGUGGCGCGAGAAGAUCCUUGACUCCACCCCCUUGCACGUCGUCACCCUCUCCGAGCUCACCGCCCUCGUCUCCCUCCUCGUCUCCCUCCUCGCCUCCCUCAUUUACCUCCUCGGCUUCUUCGGGAUCGGCCUCGUGCAGUCCUUCGUCUCGCGGUCGCCCACCCGGCACGACAUCGUCGUCGGGGACGUCAACGGCCAUUGGCGUGUCAUGGAGCAGGAGGAGGACAAGUUCAUUAUCAAGGAGGAGGACGGCGAGGGCUGCAGCGGAGGCGCAUGCACCGAGUGCGCCACGGGGCCGCUAGCCGACGCUCUUUCGACGUUCGUCGCCCUGACUGAGGAAGACGAGGAGAUCAUCAAGUCUGUCGUGGACGGGAUGACGCCGUCCUAUUCCCUGGAGUCAAAGCUUGGGGACUGCAAGAGGGCGGCCGCGAUCCGGCGCGAGGCGGUGCAGCGCAUGACGGGGAGGUCCAUGGAGGGGCUGGCAUUCGAGGGGUUCGACUACGCUUCGAUUCUGGGCCAGUGCUGUGAGAUGCCGAUCGGGUACGUGCAGGUCCCCGUGGGGGUCGCAGGGCCGCUGCUGCUCGACGGGAUCGAGUACGUGGUCCCGAUGGCGACGACGGAGGGCUGCUUGGUGGCAAGCACCAACAGGGGUUGCAAGGCGAUAAACACGUCAGGCGGCGCCGCGAGCGUCGUGCUCAGGGACGGGAUGACUCGGGCCCCAGUGGUGAGGUUCGGCUCCGCCAGGCGUGCCGCAGAGCUCAAGCUGUUCCUGGAGGAUCCCGGCAACCUCGAUACCAUAGCGGUUGUGUUCAACAGGUCGAGCAGGUUCGCCAAAUUACAAGACAUCAGGUGCGCACUCGCAGGGAAAAAUUUGUUCAUAAGAUUCAUGUGCAGCACGGGCGAUGCGAUGGGGAUGAAUAUGGUCUCCAAAGGCGUCCAAAACGUCCUCGAUUUCCUCCGGGCUGACUUCCCCGACAUGGAAGUCAUCGGCAUCUCCGGGAACUAUUGCUCGGACAAGAAGCCCGCAGCAAUUAACUGGAUCGAGGGAAGGGGGAAGUCAGUGGUGUGCGAGGCGGUGAUAAAGGAGGAGGUGGUGCAGAAGGUGCUGAAGACCACCGUGCCAGCGCUGGUGGAGCUCAACAUGCUCAAGAACCUGACCGGGUCAGCCAUGGCCGGUGCGCUUGGCGGGUUCAACGCCCACGCCAGCAAUAUCGUGUCGGCCAUCUUCAUUGCCACUGGACAGGACCCAGCGCAAAAUGUGGAGAGCUCUCACUGCAUCACCAUGAUGGAGGCCGUCAAUGAUGGCAAGGAUCUUCACGUUUCCGUGUCCAUGCCUUCCAUUGAGGUGGGUACAGUUGGAGGGGGCACCCAACUUGCAUCACAAUCGGCUUGUCUGAACCUACUCGGUGUGAAGGGUGCAAGCCAAGACUCUCCCGGCUCGAACUCGAGUCUUUUGGCCACCAUCGUGGCCGGUUCCGUAUUAGCCGGGGAGCUUUCACUCAUGUCCGCUUUGGCUGCCGGUCAACUCGUUAAGAGCCACAUGAAGUACAACAGAUCUUCCAAGGAUGUCUCCAAAAUGGCAUGCCAAUAAGAGAACAAAAUGACCCCACUUUGAGCGAUAACACACCUUCAAAUGUUGGGAAUGGGGAGAAUACGGGCUAAGAGAAGUUAUAAACGAUCAUCUAUGCGGGAUUUGGUGGGAGAAAGAGAGAGAGAGAGAGAGAGAAUUAGGAAGAGGGCAGGCAUGAAGGACUGAUACAAGGGCGUGUAGGUGUAAAGAAAAUAAGAAGGCAAAGAAUUAGGAAUUGGAACAUUUAGUGGAAGCCUUACGAAAAUUAGGUCUUUCUCUGUCCAUGUGUAUAAUAGAUCCUGUCUUUUAAUGAAGGGUCGGCUCUGUUUGUAACUCCUUUCAAUCUGAUUAAGAGUACACCAGCAAUCUGGUUCUCUCUUGCCA